UAUGCAGAUAAUGCCGACAAUUCAAGAGCGUUAGAUUCUUGAAAAUAUGCUGAUGCUUGUCAACGAUCACUCUUCUUAAGUUACUGAAACAGAGCCUGCCCCUCCGUCUCCUUCCUUCCAGCUUCACCUCGGCAUCAAUGGCUUCGUACCCGCUGACCGCCGUCCUCGGCACUGUCGCCGUGCUGGCUUUCGCUCUGGCGCCGGUGACGCAGUCCCUCCCUUUCGUGGUCUUCCACGGUAUUAGCGACAAGUGCAGCAACAAAGGAGUCACACGCUUCACUGAGCUCUUAAGCAACUGGUCCGGUUCUGAAGGCCACUGCAUUGAAAUAGGAGACGGCUCAUGGGACUCGUGGACUAUGCCACUUCUAAAGCAGACUGCCAUUGCUUGUGAGAAGGUGAAGAACAUGAGCGAACUUAGCGAUGGCUACAAUUUAGUUGGGCUUUCUCAGGGCACCAUGAUUGGUCGAGGCGUUGUUGAAUUUUGUGAUGGAGCACCUCCGGUGAAGAACUUCAUAUCGCUGGCAGGUAUCCAUGCUGGAAUUGCGUCUAUACCGUUUUGUGGAUCCGGUAUCUUUUGCGUUCUUGUGGACUAUUUGAUCGAGCUACUAGGGAUCUACUCUGAAUAUGUCCAGGAGCACUUGGCACCCGCUGGUUAUGUGAAGAUUCCAACUGACCUUGCUAACUAUCUAAAAGGAUGUAAAUUUCUCCCAAAAUUAAACAAUGAACUUGUGGAUGACAGAAACUCAACCUACAAGGAAAGAUUUGCUAGCUUGCAGAACCUAGUCCUUAUUAUGUUUGAGCAAGACUCUGUGUUGGUACCAAAGGAAACAUCCUGGUUCGGAUACUAUCCAGAUGGAACUGAUGAUACUGUUUUGCCUGCCCAGGAGACCGAACUUUACAUCGAGGACUGGAUUGGAUUGAAGACCUUGGAUGAAGCUGGGAAAGUCAAAUUCAUCAACGUCUCUGGGAACCAUCUCCAGAUCUCUCUUGCCGAUAUGAAAGAAUAUAUACUACCUUACUUGGUGGAUGAUGCAGCAUUAGCGAAGAACAUGGCAACAGGAACGGCUUCUAGUAGCUGGACCCCGUGGGUUCAGGGUUUGCAUCGAAGAAUGGUUAGGCUGUUUGAGGAUCGGCCGCUGCUCCUCUCUGUGCGUUAGAGAGUGAUGCAUGUAUUCCAGGCAUGAACACGAAACAUGAAGCGAAAUGAUUGUUUUUGGCGUGAAUGGGUGAUUGCAUUUUUAUAGGUUGAUAUGGUAUGCAUCCUUGGCCUUGUGUACCUAAUUAUUCGAGGAUGUUACUUACUGGAUUGACUUGAAAGUUCUGAGAAUACUCUGAAAGAUGACAUUCCCAUUUCUACUAAGGCUUAUGAAACUUUUAAAAUAAUUGGAAGGGAAGGAUCUUGCAUCA